AUGCAGCGUACAGCAAGGCAGAGGAUGUUGGCGUGCGACCCGCAACACCGCUGUCACGGGCUUAUCGUCAAGCUGAGUCGGGGGCGCAACGACAUCUUGAGAGCCACCAUCUCCGCCUCACCCCAUUCCGCCUCAUCCCCUUCCGCCUCAUCCCAUGCCGCCUCCUCCCAUGCCGCCUCCCCCAUUCCGCCUCACCCCAUACCGCCUCACCCCAUACCGCCUCACCCGUUCCGCCUCACCCCAUUCUACCUCACCCCAUCCCCACCUCCCCAUCCCUUCCCUCCCCAUCCCUCACCUCCCCAUCGCUUCCCUCCCCAUCCCCGCCUCCCCAUCUCUUCCCUCCCCAUCCCUCUCCUCCCCAUCCCGCACCUCCCCAUCCUUCAUCUCCCCAUUCCGCCUCACCCCAUCUCCUCCACACCCCAUCUCCUCCUCACCCCUCCUCCUCCACACCCCAUCUCCUCCUCACCCCAUCUCCUCCCCACACCAUCUCCUCCUCACCCCUCGUCCUCCUCACCCCAUCUCCUCCACACCCCAUCUCCUCCUCACCCCAUCUCCUCCACACCCCAUCUCCUCCUCACCCCUCCUCCUCCACACCCCAUCUCCUCCUCACCCCUCCUCCUCCACACCCCAUCUCCUCCUCACCCCUCCUCCUCCACACCCCAUCUCCUCCUCACCCCUCCUCCUCCUCACCCCAUCUCCUCCACACCCCAUCUCCUCCUCACCCCAUCUCCUCCACACCCCAUCUCCUCCUCACCCCUCCUCCUCCACACCCCAUCUCCUCCUCACCCCAUCUCCUCCACACCCCAUCUCCUCCUCACCCCUCCUCCUCCACACCCCAUCUCCUCCUCACCCCUCCUCCUCCACACCCCAUCACCUCCUCACCCCUCCUCCUCCACACCCCAUCUCCUCCUCACCUCAUCUCCUCCUCACACCAUCUCCUCCUCACCCCUCCUCCUCCUCACCCCAUCUCCUCCACACCCCAUCUCCUCCUCACCCCAUCUCCUCCACACCCCAUCUCCUCCACACCCCAUAUCCUCCACGCAUCAUCUCCUCCUCACCCCUCCUCCUCCACACCCCAUCUCCUCCUCACCCCAUCUCCUCCACACCCCAUCUCCUCCUCACCCCUCCUCCUCCACACCCCAUCUCCUCCUCACCCCUCCUUCUCCUCACCCCAUCUCCUCCACACCCCAUCUCCUCCACACCCCAUCUCCUCCUCACCCCUCCUCCUCCACACCCCAUCUCCUCCUCACCCCUCCUCCUCCUCACCCAUCUCAAAAUCCCCCCAUUCCGCCCCACCCAUAUCCGCCCCACUCCAUCUUUCCCCCACCCCAUCUCUGCCUCCCGCUUGUCUCCCCCGUACCCUCGAUCCUAUUUUCCCCCAAACCCUUCCCCUUGUUUCCCGCCUUCCCGCCCCCACACCCCAUUCUGCCGCUGCAUCCAGAAUAG